UUCUGCUGCGAGGUUGGGGAAAAGAGGGCGGAUGAAAAUCUAUUUAGAAUAUAGACUGUGAUAAUUUGGAUUCAGGUAAAAAGAGGAGCAGAGCAGUAAUGGAGGUGGCCAGGGAGAGUAUAGACAUGUUCCUCAACAGCCGGAUGGUGGAGGCCGAGGACUUGUUCCGACACCACCAGGAUAACAGACAAGUCCGCAUGGCCCAGUGCUACUGCAGUGUCAUGAGUGCGGUGGUGACGUUCGAGUCUGCCCAGCUGGAACGGACGCUGCAGCUGCUGAAGGCCACGGAGAAGGCCAUGACGCCCGACACUGGCCUGGUGAACCAGCUGCGGACAAAGCUGAAGGCGCCCGAACAGCUGGAGGAGUCUGAGGUGGUCGGACUGCUGGAGCGACAGAUCGCCGUGGCCGACUGCCAGGUCUGCGCCGCCGUCAUCAACUUCCUGCAGCAGGACGUGGGCAGCUGUGUGCGAGGCAGCUGGGGCCUGCGCCGCGCCUGGAAAACCUACGACAGAAUAUACGGUCAGAUCAGCUCCCUGUAUCGAGAGGGACGACAGGAUCGACUGGAAAAUGCUGCCGAGCCGGGCGAGGGCAGAGCGGCGGAGCCGGCGGCCCGACCCCUCCUCCCGUCCUCUGCCUCCUCUCCCAACCUGGCCGCCCCCGCGGCGCCCUCCGGUCUCCGCCGCUCCGCCACCCGGCUCCAUGUGGACCAGGCCAGGCCGGUGUCGGCAGAGGCGGCCGAGGCGCUGAUGGGGUCUGUGUCGCUCGGCUACGGCCUGUUUCAGCUCACAGUGUCACUGCUGCCCGCCAAAUUUGUCAAGGUGGUGCAGCUGCUGGGUUUCCAGAGUGACCGCUCGGCGGCGCUGGCGGCGCUCAUGUUCUGCCGCACCAGCCGCGACAUGCGUGCUCCGCUCGCCAGCCUGGCGCUGCUGUGGUACCACUCAGUGGUGCGCCCCCUGCUUUCCCUGGACGGCCGGGCGGUCUCCGCCGGGGUGGCCGUCUGCCACCAGCUGCUCCGAGAGACCGAGGGACGCUACGGACAGGCGGCGCUGUUCCAGUUCUUCAGGGGACGACUGCUCAGACUCGAGUCGGACUUGUCCGGUGCCAUCGGCGCGUACGAGGUGGCCGCCAGUCAGGGACAGCAGGGGGAGGUGCGGCUCCUCUGUCUGCACGAGAUAGGCUGGUGCCGCCUCCUUCAGCUGGACUGGGUGGAGGCUUUCGUGGCCUUUUCGGAGUUGGCCGAGCAGUCGCGCUGGUCAAAGGCCUUCUACCAGUACCUGAGUGCCCUAUGCACCGGUGCCUCUGGUGACAUCACCCUGGCCUCCGCGCUCCUCAAAGACAUCCCUCCCCCCGGUCGUGGCCGCUCCGAACUGGAUACCUUCCUGGAGAGUCGCGCGGCGGCGCUGCGCGAGCCGCGCGCCCCUCCGGCCGCCCAGCUGGCCUGCCGACUGCACGCCUACGAGCUGCUCUACCUGUGGAACGCGCUGCCGUCGUGUCCGCAGGACGUGUGGAAGGCGGUAGUGGAGGACUGCGAGCGCGCCGCGCUGGAGCUCCCUCCGCUGGCCGCCGUGGCGCACCUGGUCUGUGGCGGCGUGUUUGACAACACUUGUCUGCGGGAGGCGGAGAGACACUACAUCCGAGCCCUCCACCUGGGGAAGGGUGACUCGCGGCGGGCGUAUGUGGCGCCGCACGCCAGCUAUGAGCUGGCGGCCAUGUACUGCGCGCAGGCUAAGCGCCGCGCGGAGGGUCGCGCCCUCCUGCUGACCGCCCGGGACGACUACAAGGACUACGACUUCGAGUCGCGACUCGCCGUGCGCAUCCAGGCGGCGCUCAAACGGCUUGAAAAGACCGGCCGCGAACAGAAGAGCAAGUAAGAACGAGAAGGAGACGACGAGGAAAAGUAAGAUGGAAAAGAGAAGGAGACGUCGAGUUGACAAGGCAAGAAAGGGACUUAAGGAAAGAAAGGGCGAGAAGAUUUGAGAAGAGUGAACGAGCUCUUAUGGGGAAGGAUAGUGGAAGGAAGGUUGGAGGGACUGCGAGGGAAUCACGGUAGAUCUGACGAUAGCGAUUGAGUUUUUUGAGUCUCAUAUUGAAUCUCGCAGCUGAGAUGUUUACUCUGAAAUCAUCGUUUUUGGCUGUUUCUGUUUAUUUUUUGUGUCGAUUGUCUGGUUUGUUGAUAAUCUCAGGUGUUUUGCUCUGGGGAGUAUUUGACAACAAGCUGGCUUUUAGGGCAUGUCUUGACGUUUCGUCGUGUUUUGUUGGAAUAUUCAAAGUGUUUUAUGCUGGAGCCUUGUUGGCAGAGAGUUUUUCUCGUCCAUUUUGCGGUCUAUGAGCUUAGAUGCCGAUACCUAGCGGGCGAUUUAAGAACAAUAGAGCUCGACAUAGUAGGAGGAGAGGUGAAAUUAAGCAUAGAGCUCGAAGGUCUACUUAGGAGUUGACAUUGGCACCGAAUUAGUUGAGUUUAACGGGGCUGGCAACGCAGUCAAGGGAAAUAGGACCCUGUAGGUUAUGAUUCUAAUGUAAGUUUCGUCAGCGGUUGUAUAAAAUUACGGCCGAUUUACAGUCAGUUGGGCUAAAAAAUAUUUGACAGCCUAAGACAGUGACGCCUUAAUGCGCGUAGAAAAGCUUUACAUGGCCGACCUAGCUAGAGUCUAGAGAAGACAACUACCUAUAUCGCGAGUCUAUUUUAGUGUCCAAAUGUAUAUCGUGCCAGUACUAUUAGUGCCUAGCUCGCCAAAAGCUACCGGUGAUACCUCAUAUAACCAAUCAGAUAAAUAAUCGCGUGGCAUUAUGAAAUGUCACUGACUAGAAGAAAAUGUAGGGAGUUAUAUAGAAAAUACAUUUAAGAACUGUAGGAGAGCUCAUGUAAUCGUGAUUGAGACGAGUUAUUAGUUUAAACAUAUCGUGGCAAUCAGCGCCCAGCGGUUAUUUUAGAUUAGUGCUGUUUGUGAGGUAUAGAGAUAUAGGUAUUUAGGGUGAAGAGCCACCCCUCACUAGUUAGAAAUGUGCCGCUGGGGCGGGAGAAUAUUGUAUGUUUGUCGUUUUCUGUUCUUUAAUAUCUGACAGAUUUUUUGUCUGACAAGUACCGUUCCGAGUCACGGCACUUUGAAAAAAUUGGUUACUUUUAUCAGAGGCUACUGUACUGAUAUGGAUAGUCUAUGCUUUUAUCUGUGUUUUUUUUUUCGAUGUUUGUUUGACUCUUCGGUAUUUAACUCGCUCGCGAUCAGGGUAUUACUUUUGUGUCUGUGUUCACUUUGGCUUAGUGUUGGUGCACGCCGGCAGCUUGGAAGCAGCACCCAUGUACCAUGCACCAUGUAACGGUAUAAUCAGAACGGGUCGUGCGCUCGAUGUGAGUCCCGUGGCACCACAAUGGCACGUGUUUGUGCGUCUCGCGAUCUCGCAAGAUUUUAGCUGUGAUUACUAAACAAAGGGUAGAUCAUAUGGCCUUGGGUAGAUCGGGUAGAUGGCAUACCGAAUUCACCUGGUUUCGCUGUGAGUGGGAUGUGUGGUAGUGGUGGAAAAUGGUAGAUCUAAUAGCGCAAUAAAUUGAUUCGGCAAUCAUA